ACAAACAUUUCUAUCACAAGUAAAUCCGAUCACAAAAUUCAACUCCAAAUCUUACAAUUCCAUCUAAGCUUCUUCACAUGUAACUUGCAAUCUAACUAAAUUUGGAACGUUAACUGUGAGUCUGUAACCCCAGAGCUUCUUCCCAAAUUCUGGUAAAAGCCACCACCUUUCUAUUUGGGAGUUUCUUUUUCUUGCAAGACAUCCCUUGCUUAUCCCCUCCCUUUACCUCCACUCAAAUCUCAAUUUCUUCAUUAAUAAAUACAUACAUAUAUAGUUAACACAAGCAGAAAAGAUUCAUUAAUCCAAAACAAUAUUGGGUUUUGCAAGCAAUGGAGAUCAAGGUAGAAGAUGGCAACUCUCAUGAUCAGAAUCUCAACGAGCAAAAGCUUCCUCUACUGGAAGCUGACUUGCCGAUGCCAAACACAGAAGAGAAGAAUUUGAUUCAGAAAGCUAUAACUCAGACAUUUAAGAGCACAGCCCAUUUGGCCAAUCUAUUACCAACAGGAACCGUUCUUGCUUUCCAACUUCUCUCACCCAUUUUCUCAAACCAAGGCAACUGCGACUCAGUGAGCCGGUUCAUGACAGCGGGGCUUGUAUCUCUCUGUGGCUUAUCAUGUUUCUUGUCGAGCUUCACUGAUAGCUUCAGAGACAAAAACGGCAACGUGUGUUAUGGGUUGGCUACAUUUCGUGGGUUAUGGAUUAUUGAUGGGUCGGAAACUAUUUCGCCUGAGCUUGCUGCAAAGUAUCGCAUACAGUUUAUAGAUUUCGUGCAUGCCCUCAUGUCAAUACUUGUGUUUUCCGCAAUUGCUUUAUUUGAUCAGAAUGUGGUGAAUUGCUUCUAUCCUACGCCAUCAGCCGAGACACAAGAAGUUCUCACGGCAUUACCAGUGGGAAUUGGUGUAAUUUGCAGUAUGUUGUUUGUUGUUUUUCCGACGCAGCGCCAUGGAAUUGGCUUCCCUCUCACUGAUAUUUGAAAUUGUCGCUGUUUAUAAGCCAUCGCUCUCCACGAUGUAAAGCUCAGGCAAAUUCGUUUGUACUUUUCAUUCUUUUUUCUUGUAUUCUUAUGCGAAAGUGACUUUUAUAUUUGAUUAUUUCUCCGAAAAAUAAACUAUUUUAAGCCCUUUUGUCAAAA